AUGGCGUUUUCGAAGCAGCAGGCUCGGAUUAGCGGCGGGAAGCAUUUGCGAGUACAGAAAGAUGCAAUUUUUAUGGAGUUGGGCUUUCAGAUAGCCUCUGAGAAUGGUGUUAUAUACGAAAGCGUCUGGGUGGGGCAAUUUGUCGAACACCUUGAGGGCGGAGCAGAACUUGAUGAUGCGUCCCGCGGCGUCGUUGUUGGAGGAGAGGCCGAGCUUGAUGACGCGGGCGUGGUGCUGCCGGAGCUCAGACAUAGACGAGCAGGAGUCGAGGCUGUUGAGCGGUGGCGCCUUGGCGGUGGGUACGGCGGCGGCGGUUGCGGCUGGGAAGAAAUGGAUUGA